UGCGGGUUGUGUUGCAGCGCCGGGCCGGGCCCCUGCUGCCGGAGGGAAACAUUGCUUUGCUUCUCGCGCACGCCUCUCGGCUGCGAAGCCCCUUCCUCCGCGCGCUGGCUCCCAAGCUCCCGGAGGGUGCGGAGGAGCUGCAGUCCGGGGGGGCGGUGGCUGCGGGCGCCGGAGCCUGCAGUGGAAAGCUUCGGCCCAAGGAAGAAUGGUAUAAAAAUGACAAACUUCAACAUGUGCUUCUAAUGUGACAAGAAAAGCUAAAAGGCUAUCACAAUUUCUUGAAUUCAGACUUUACACUGGAAGGAAAGUUAAAUGUAAACCCUAAUUUCCUAGUUCUAAUAAGCUUCUCUUCUUGGGAACUGGAAAUUAAAAAAAAAAAGGAGUCCUUGGAAGAAAAAAAUGUGCUUCUUAAAUCAACCCCAGCGACUUUUCUAUGUGAAGAAAUCUUAAGGAUACUAGCAGAAAAGAAGGAAAUUAAACUGAAAGCCCAUCUGCAUCUCAGAGAAACAAAGACAUGGAGUUUUGAGGAGUGAUGGGAGCAUGGUGUCGGCCAUGGGUGAUCAAGACACAGCCAGACAAUGUGGACCAAUUUCUUCAAACUACGGCUUUUCUGCUGUGUGCUUGCAGUAUUGAUGGUGGUGGUGCUGGUCAUCAAUGUUACUCAGGUAGAGUACUUGGAUCAUGCGACUGCGUCAGCCACCUUCAUCGACAGUAGUGGACAGUUUGUUUCCUCCCAGGUGACGGGAAUUAGCCGGAAUCCUUACUGUGGCUAUGAGCAUCAGAUUCUGUCUAGCCGGGAGCGCCUGGAGGAGGACUCCUUGUUGGCUGCCUUACAGUGGCAGUUGCCUGAUGUGGGCCCCAUCCCCUUUUUGAAGAGUACUGACCCUUCUUCCAGCUACUUUGUCAUCCUGAACUCUGCAGCCUUCUUCAAGGUGGGAAGCCAGCUGGAGGUACUGGUUCAUGUACAGGAUUUUCAAAGAAAGCCCAAGAAGUAUGGUGGAGACUACCUGCAGGCCAGAAUCCACUCUCCUAAACUGCAGGCAGGGGCCGUGGGCAGAGUGGUAGACUACCAAAAUGGGUUUUACAAGGUCUUUUUCACUCUGCUCUGGCCAGGCAGAGUUAAAGUGUCCAUAUCUCUGGUCCACCCAAGUGAAGGGAUCAGAGUCCUUCAGCACCUGCAAGAAGAGAAACCAGACAGGGUCUAUUUCAAGAGUCUAUUCCGUUCAGGGAGAAUUUCUGAAACUACUGAGUGUAACGUGUGUCUUCCUGGGAGUCUUCCCCUGUGCAACUUUACAGAUCUCUACACUGGAGAACCCUGGUUCUGCUUCAAACCAAAGAAACUCCCUUGCAGUAGCAGGAUUAACCACUUCAAAGGUGGAUACCUGAAGGGACUCCUGACUGCUGCAGAGAGUGCUUUCUUCCAGAGUGGUGUCAAUAUCAAAAUGCCAAUCAACUCCAGUGGACCUGACUGGGUGACUGUGAUUCCCAGGAGUAUAAAAGAAAUGAACAGCCUAGAACUAUCUCAAGGCUUAGGAACUUUUCCUUCUGGGUAUUAUUAUAAAGAUCAAUGGAGGCCCAGAAAGUUUAAAAUGCGCCAGUUUAAUGACCCUGACAACAUUACAGAAUGCUUACAGAGAAAAGUGGUGUAUUUAUUUGGUGACUCGACAAUCAGACAAUGGUUUGAAUAUCUCACUACAUUUGUUCCAGAUUUAGUGGAAUUUAACUUGGGUAGUCCCAAGAAUGUGGGUCCCUUCCUUGCGGUGGACCAGAAGCACAACAUCCUGCUCAAAUACCGCUGCCACGGUCCACCCAUCCGGUUCACGACUGUCUUUAGCAAUGACCUUCGUUAUGUGGCCAACGAGCUGAAUGGCAUCGUAGGAGGGAAGAACACAGUGGUUGCCAUCGCUGUAUGGUCUCAUUUCAGCACCUUCCCCUUGGAAGUGUAUAUCCGGAGGCUCAGGAACAUCCGUCGAGCCGUUGUCCAGCUCCUGGAUCGAAGCCCUAAAACCGUGGUGGUCAUUCGGACAGCCAAUGCCCAGGAGUUGGGACCUGAGGUGAGCCUUUUCAACAGCGACUGGUACAACUUUCAGCUGGACACCAUCCUUCGGAAGAUGUUCUCAGGAGUUGGAGUAUAUCUCGUUGAUGCCUGGGAGAUGACCCUGGCCCACUAUCUACCCCACAAGCUGCAUCCAGAUGAAGUUAUUGUGAAGAACCAACUGGACAUGUUCCUGUCCUUUGUGUGCCCCUUGGAGACAUAGCUUGCCCUGGAGGGGACUGGAGGAAUCAUAUUCAGUGACCUUCUCUAUCACCGGCACUACAGGAAGUCUAUGGGUGGCCCAAUGGAGAGAUGGCUUCCAUUGAUAUUGUACAAAAUUUUAAAAAGAGCUGGACUUUAUAUAAUGACUUGUAAGGAGCUUAGAAAAAAAAUGCAGAUUACAUUUAUAUCUACCUAUAGGAUAUUUUUUCCAAUCCUGACCUAGCCAUGGGAGAACCAUUAUUAACAGCAUCUAUACACUUUAUUGCCCUUGUAACCAAAGAUGCUAAUGAGUGUGUCUGAACUAGCUUCUCCUGGGAGGCUAUAUUACUGUGCUAAAAUGUGUGAAACAUGUUCUGACCUAAGUGGCAGGGACAAGUUUGGUUGGCAGUGCAGUGUUGUUUGCAGCUUAUCUGAUAAAGGAAAUUAAGCACAUCUGCAUGAAUAGCAUAGUUGGUUCAUCUUCAGCAGUGUGAAUUAAUCCUGAGGCUUAAGGUCACCAGCUCCAUGUAACUCACUGAAGACUGCUGUGUCUCAGGAGUUUCUCUUGAUGAUCCACCUUCUUCUGAAUUACUUGAAAAGGCCAGUGUCCUUGGUCAGAACUUUCUAAUGAGAAUAUUUACAGUGUCCUGCUUUUAUCUAGAAAAGAAGGAAAAGGGAAAUAUGAAAGCAGUACAUAUAAAAUCUGUGCAUUGAAUUGAUAUUUGCAUUGGAUGACUUACUUAUUUGAUUUAGCUAAAUUUUGCAGGAUUAUACCUAUUCUCAAUUAAUCAUUUUUGGAAUUCCUGCUGUGGUGUAUUGGAUUAAAAAUCCAAUGGCAGCUGCUUGGGUCACUGCAGAGGCAUGGGUUCAAUCCCUGGCCCAGUACAGUGGGUUAGGGCCUCCAGUUGUGGCUAGGAUUCAAUCCCUGGGCUGGGAACUUCCAUAUGCUGUGGGUGUGGCCAUUGAGAAAGCAAAACAGAAAAACCACUUUUGGAACGUGAAAGGGGAAAUUUAUAAAGGGAAAUUUAUUUUUGUGUUCUGAAGUUUGAGGGUUUUAAGAAUUAACUUUUAUGUAAAGAAUGCUAUUGUUUGUUAUAAAGCUGUGGAAAUUAUUUCCAUCAAUUUUGAGUGUUUCUUCUUUGGUUGUUAUAUGAUUGCCUACCCAUAUUAGAAAUUAAAAUCUAGUUAAAAUUAAAUUC